AUACGAAAGUGAUUACAAUAAAAAUGUAUCACAAAUUAAAGUUUCUUUCGGAAAAGAGAGACAAGCGUUUUUAAUUGAUAGACAUACUUAUGAUAUUUAUUACAAGAAAAAACACUUCAUAAAGAUAGAACCUGAUUAUUACACUUUCAGUAAUUGUGGUACAAAUAAUGAGGAUGGGGGAAGACACGAAUAUCUUAUUUUUAAUUUCAAAGAAGAAAAAUUGAGAGAAAUUCCAGAUAAUUUUACAUGUGAAUAUAAUGGAAAUCCUCUUGAAAAGGUUAAAUUUAAUGGGAGGGAAUGUUUUGAAAUCACUGAUAUCGGUGAAUAUUUAAUUUACAAAGAUGAUAAAUUUUAUC